GCCCGUUGGAAUGCCAAAAAUGGAAAAAGUUUACCUACAUAACCCUAGCUCAGAAGAAACAAUUACAUUAAUAUCAAUAUCUGCUACAACAUCACAUUUUCAUGCAUCAUUUUUUCAAAAUAGGAAAAUUCUUCCAGGAGGGAAUACGUCCUUCGACGUAGUUUUCCUUGCAAGAGUAGUGGGAAAUGUAGAGAACACUUUAUUUAUUAACACUUCUAAUCAUGGGGUAUUUACUUAUCAGGUGUUUGGCAUUGGAGUACCAAACCCAUAUCGAUUGCGCCCAUUUAUUGGGGCUCGAGUUCCUGUAAAUAGCAGUUUUUCUCCUAUAAUAAAUAUACAUAACCCUCACAGUGAACCUUUGCAGGUGGUAGAAAUGUAUUCCAGUGGAGGUGAUCUCCAUUUAGAGCUUCCAACAGGUCAGCAAGGUGGUACAAAGAAGCUGUGGGAAAUACCUCCCUAUGAAACAAAAGGAGUGAUGAGAGCCAGCUUUUCUUCAAGAGAAGCAGAUAAUCAUACAGCCUUCAUUAGAAUAAAAACAAAUGCCUCAGACAACACAGAAUUUAUUAUUCUCCCCGUUGAAGUAGAAGUUACAACAGCACCAGGAAUCUACUCAUCAACAGAAAUGCUAGAUUUUGGUACACUACGAACGCAAGAUCUGCCAAAAACUUUAAAUCUGCAUUUAUUAAAUUCAGGAACAAAAGAUGUGCCAAUUACAAGUGUUAGGCCUACACCACAGAACGAAGCUAUCACAGUACAUUUCAAGCCAGUUACGUUAAAAGCCUCUGAAAGUAAAUAUACCAAAGUUGCAAGUAUUAGCUUUGAUGCAUCAAAAGCAAAAAAAGCAUCACAGUCUUCUGGGAAAAUAACUGUUAAAGCGAAAGAGAAGAGCUACUCCAAACUUGAAAUACCCUAUCAAGCAGAAGUUUUAGAUGGAUACUUAGGAUUUGAUCAUGCUGCCACACUCUUCCACAUCCGUGACAGUGCUGCUGAUUCGGUGGAAAGACUGAUCUAUCUAACAAACACGUUCAGUUUUGCAGUCCUUAUACAUGAUGUCGUGUUACCAGAAGAAGCAAAACCAAUGUUUAAAGUCCAGAACUUCAGUAAACCAGUCUUAAUUCCGCCUAAUGAAUCCAGAUAUAUUUUUACACUUCAUUUUAUGCCUUCCACAUCAUCUGUUCAUAUAGAUAAUAAUAUUUUACUUAUCACCAAUGCUUCUAAAUUUCACCUACCUGUCCGAGCAUACACAGGAUUUUUAGAUUACUUUGUACUGCCUCCAAAAACUGAGGAACGAUAUAUAGAUUUUGGCAUACUGAGUGCAACAGAAGCUACCAGCAUUUUAUUUGCAGUCAUCAACAGCAAUCCGAUAGAGCUGGCUAUAAAAAGUUGGCAUAUUAUAGGGGAUGGUUUGGCCAUAGAACUUGUAACAACUGAAAAGGGAAACAGAACAACGAUAAUUGCAAACCACCAUGAACUACAAAAAGCUGCUGCGUCCGACCAGUCCUCAGUGAUACUAGCAUCAGGUUAUUAUGCUGUGUUUAGAGUAAAACUAAUAGCAAAAGAACUUGAAGGAAUUCAUGAUGGAGCUGUACAAAUCACGACAGAUUAUGAGAUUUUAACCAUACCAGUGAAGGCAGUGAUUGCUGUAGGUUCGCUGACCUGCUCUCCCAAACAUGUUUUUCUUCCACCUUCUUUUCCGGGGAAAGUAGUUCACCAGAGCCUGAACAUUAUGAACUCCUUUUCUCAGAAAGUGAAAAUACAACACAUACGUUCCCUGUCAGAAGAUGUAAGGUUUUAUUAUAAGAGGCUAAGAAGUAAUAAAGAUGAUUUAGAGCCAGGAAAAAAAUCGAAGAUUGCAAAUAUUUAUUUUGAUCCUGGUUUACAAUGUGGAGAUCAUUGUUAUGUAGGAUUGCCUUUUCUAUCUAAACCAGAAUCUAAAGUCCAGCACAGCGUAGCAAUGCUAGAAGAUACAUGGGAUUCUGACUGGGAUUUACAUGAGAACUUUUUCAAAGAAUGGGCAGAAAUAAAAGAGAACUCCAGCCACAGGUAA